AUGUCCUUGAGCACUUUAAAGGCCUGCAUGCACGCCUCCGCGCUAUCUCUCUCCUUCUCCCUCUUCCUCUCCCUUCCCUCUUCCCGCCCUCCCCUCUCGUGCGAGCUACACGCUGGACGCGGCUUCUUCGUCUCGGAUUAUCCCCAGAAGAACGAUGAAUUCAGGCUGUGGUUGAGAGUGGAGAAUGCAAGUACUUCAACGAUCUCUGGCGAUGAUCCAGAAGCUGCCAGCUCGCUCUUCAAGUUGAAAUCUGAUCGCAAUACAGUUAUUUCUGCCAGCCCGGAACCCGAAAACAUGCUAUGGAAGCACCAGACUCCCUACCCGCCGCAACAAAAUCGUCCUCCACCUUCAAGAGAAAGUGCGAAGACAAUGACGCCCUCCGCCCCGCCUGCGCAGAAGGUGGAGCAGCAGCCUAUGACAAGAGACCUCCUCCGCUGCAGGCCCCAGCCGACCAAGCGUCCCAGGCCACACCACGGGCCCAGCAAUAUCCACCACCCCUCCCUAACACUCGCCCGCCGCGAAGGCCAACACGUAUAG